AAAAAAAAUAAAUCAAAGAUUGUGACAGUAGAGAUCAAAUAAGAUGGCUCUCAGAAAAGAAUGGCAAUCAACAACAAUGGGUCCCAUUCUGCAGCUCUAGAACUCUGCUAUGAGAGCAUCAAUGGGUCCUGCAUUAAAACUUCCUAUUCCUCUGGACCCCGAGUCAUCCUCUACCUGGCAUUUGGCUCAGGAACUCUGCUAGCUGUCUUAGGAAACCUUCUGGUCAUGGUUUCAAUCAUUCACUUCAAGCAACUGCAUUCUCCUGCCAAUUUUCUCAUUGCCUCCUUGGCUUGUGCUGACUUUUUGGUGGGAGCCACUGUGAUGCCCUUCAGCAUGGUGAGGUCUGUGGAGAGUUGCUGGUACUUUGGGGAGAGUUACUGUAAAUUUCACUCUUGUUUUGAAGGAUCAUUUUGUUAUUCUUCUAUUUUUCACUUAUGCUUCAUUUCCAUUGAUAGAUACAUUGCUAUCACUGAUCCUCUGGUAUAUCCAACCAAAUUCACUCUGUCAGUUUCAGGACAAUGCAUUCUCCUGUCCUGGUUCCUUGCUAUUGCAUUUAGCUUUUCACUUCUUUACACAGGUGCCAAUGAUGCAGGACUGGAGGAAUUAGUAAGUGCUCUCACCUGUGUGGGAGGUUGUCAGAUUGCUGUGAAUCAAACCUGGGUAUUGAUAGACUUUCUGUUGUUUUUCAUUCCCACUCUAGUUAUGGUCAUUCUUUAUUGUAAGAUUUUUCUAGUAGCUAAACAACAGGCUAGAAAGAUUGAAAGCUUGAGUAGCAAAACUGAGUCAUCCUCAGAGGGUUACAAAGCCAGAGUGUUUAAGAGGGAGAAAAAAGCAGCCAAAACCCUGGGCAUUGCAGUGAUUGCAUUUCUGAUUUCAUGGUUGCCAUACUUUAUAGACUCAAUAAUUGAUGCAUUUGUAGGGUUUAUCACCCCAGCAUAUAUUUAUGAAAUUUUACUUUGGUUUGCUUAUUAUAACUCAGCCAUGAACCCUCUGAUAUAUGCUUUCUUUUACCCUUGGUUUAGAAGAGCAAUUAAACUGAUUGUCACUGGGGAAGUCUUCAGAGGUCACUCUUCAACAAUAGAUUUGUUUUCUCAAAAAAAAUAA